UUAUGUAAGGCGGGGUCGUACCCAAUCCGCGUCCGGACGCAAUCCUCUUCCGCUCUCCACGCGCGCGCUGACAGUCGGGUAUACGCGUUUCCAAAACUAAGAGCUGUACCGAACGAGCACAGAACCGUAGGCCUAUUUCUUGAGGGCACGAAAGCGACGGCAAGGCCGGUCCAUCUCCAGCCAACCACGAAACCUUCGACCACAGUCAAGUUGCGUCGGGACGGCUGACAAACUGACACGUGCGGCACGUGUAACACCAGAGGGAGAGAAGGAAAAAGAAAAAGAAAAAGAAAAAGAAAAAGAAAAGAAAAGAAAAAAAAAAAGCACGAGGAGAAGAAUGAAGGUUCCGUUCCCUCUGCUCUGAAGCUGUAGAAGAAAGAAAACAAAAAGGAAAUUUCAAAAAAAAAAAAAAAAAAAAGAAAGGAAAAAGAAAAAGAAAAAGGAAAGAACCGAAGCUUCUGUAGGUUAAGGAUUAGACCUUGGGGUUGAAGUUUAAGAAGCUCCCGCGCAUUCUUGGCUCGAAACAGCAGAUGAUAAGAGUAUUAGCGUGUUGGAAGUACCUAGCUGGUGCAUGAAGGCAAUAUGACGUUAGAAGAUUUCUUCACCCCAACUGAGAUGAAAGGUGGACUCACAAACCUUGCUAGAGUCGAAGAGCUGGUUGCUGUUAUGCAGAGGCAGAGUGAAAUUAUUAUGAAGAAUGUAGGUAAUGCAUCCAGACAAUGGUCAAUUGUAGCAAGUACCUUAUCAGCGACAGAGAACAAUGGUUGCCUUAAUCAUUUUCUUCAGUUAGACGGGCGUAGGUUUCUCGACCAAUGGCUCCAGGAAGCUCAAAAGUGUAGUGGUGGCACAAGUGACAGUUUUGUGGAAGAAUCAAUCAGUGCAGUGCUAGGAGCACUUGAGAAGCUGCCUCUAGAUGAGAGCUUAACUGCUUCAGGAAUUGUGGAAACUGUCAAACAUCUCCUUGGCAACAGGAGCUUGAAAGUCCAGGAGAGGGCAAGAACUUUGUUUGAUAGAUGGAAUCAGGCUAGGGAUAAAGAUCCAAAUCACCAGGAUAUGGAGACAGGUGGGGCAUGUCAUGAAGAUGACGCCAAGUCCUCAAGUGACAUGAAAAUAGCUGGAGAGGGUGGAUGCUCAAAAUCCCCUGGUUUUGAAGUAUCUCCUCGCGAAGGUAUUGAGGAAGGAAAUUGUGAGGUAGAUCCUGCUGAGAGUAAAAUGCAGCAUUCAAGUGCUUCAAGAUGCACAGAUAUUUCCUGGCCAGAGAUCAUUGAUGAUGCAAGUGCCCCAACAUCUAACCAAGAUCCGCCUCAGAUCACAUCAAAUAGAGCAAGUGCAAAUGGGUCUCCAGGAGACAUGAAUGCUUUGGGCUCCUCUCUAUUGCCAAACACUCUUCAGGAAAGCUCGUCUGUUGCUGACAGAUCCUCUGAAUGUCUUGGAGAAGGGACAAACUCUGUUGCGUUACACAAUUCUUUAGUUCCAACCAAUGGAAAAACAGACGAUAGGUCUUCUGAUGUUUUGGAGACAAAAGAUAUCAAUGAUGACAUGAAGGAAAUGAAUAUUAAGAUGAAUAUCAAGGAAGGUAGCCUAUGCAGAGUCAGCAAGGAAGAAACAUGUGCUGUUUCUACUUCUUCCGGACUAAAAGAAGUUGCUUCUUCGUCCUCUUCUCCUGCAAAUGCUGAGAAAUGUGUGACAGGACCUCUAUCAUGUAAUAUUGAUGAAAAUGAGGGUGAAUCUUGUGCAAGGAACCCUGUGUCACCUGAUCUUCUGCAUAGUAAUGGUAUACUUGGGCCCCAGCAUAAGAGCGGGCCAUCAAACUAUAAAAGAAGCACAAUCAAGCGCAAAUCUAUGGGGCAAGAUGGCGAAUUUUAUGAUAAGGUUUUGCUGGAUUUUGCUAGUUGCAGUGGGUCAGGUCCAGAAACUUCCUCUAAGAGGAAAGACAGUUUGGAGAAAGGCGUCAACAAUCAAAAGCUGGUUAGCAAGUCAGAUUUGAAGGUGAGGAGAAGAAAGGGUCCUGUCAUCUGCAGCAACAUCUUUAAAGCGGUGAUGAAUGCCAAAGAAUCGAAUGAGAUGGGCUGUCAGGAAAAAUUGGAAAUGGAAUUCGAUUAUGGGGUGGAUGAUGCAUUGGAAGUUGCUCGGCAAGUCGCUAAAGAAGUGGAGCGAGAAGUUGUUGAUUAUAUAGAGACUUUCUGCACCUCUUCUUCAGAGAAAAGCUCGGAGGGAGAAACCUUGCUGCCUGGUAGCCCUGAUUCUGUCAAAAUCAAGCAGGAUGAACCCAUGAUGGAACCACUAGAUGAGAAUGAAUCGUUGAGCGGACACGACCUUGCUGACGAUGGAUCUUCUGGUGAAGUGAAGCGCUUAAGAAUUUCAAACAUCAUUAGUACUGAGCAAGAAGGCUAUAGGGAUGUCUCAGAAUCGCCUCAUUCCACUGCUAUCGCACAAGAAUCAGUUGAUAAGAUUGACAAAGGCAGAUGCAAUUUCGACCUGAACGAGGAUGCUGAGGAAAUCGAAUUCCCAGCAGUUCCUGUUACUAAUCAGCCGAUCACCUCAACUGCAACCAUCCCUGUUUCUUCUGCUUUGGAAGGACCUUCCGGAUCAGCUGCUGCUGCUCUGCACUUUGAAGGGGAACUGGGGUGGAAGCGGUCUGCAUCAACAAGUUCCUUCCAUCCAGCAUCCCCUCAAAGAACCCCAGAUGGUGAAAAUGUGUCUAUGAUAAAGGCUGGCAGCAACUUUUCAAAGCAGAGACGAGACUUCCUCAAAAUCGAUCUCAAUGUGGCCGAGGGCGACGAUGAUGCAGCGGUUGACCUGAUAUCAGCUAAAAACAUCUUACUGUCAUCAGGCCUUCCCGAUUCAUCUGUUGAGGUUAAUUCAAGAAAGGCAGACAGGCUAUACUUGGACCUUAACCGUCUUGGUGACAAUGAGGACGCAUGCCCAUAUCCAUCAUCAGAUUGGAAGGUGGAGGGUCGGUUCCAAUACCACCAAAAUAGCAAUUGCAGCAGAUCUCCUGCUUCAGCCUCAUCACUGGGACACCCUUCCCUGAGAAACUUUGAUUUAAAUAACAACCCUUCAUUCUUCGAUCCCCGCAGUUCUCAUGAUCAUCAGCAGAGCCUCAACAAAUCGUUGUCACAAGAUGUGAGAGCAUAUGAAAAUUUGAAAUUGGACAAUCCCAUUGUUUCAAUCAUGGGAUCGAGAAUGGAUAUCAAUCGAACUCGGUCCUUUCUAGCGAACGAGCAGGGCGUGGAAUCUUCCACAGUUGGUCUUACUUUGGCAAGGUUUGGUGGUGGUUCAGGGGCACAACCUGUGCUGGCUUAUGAACCUGCGUCACCUGCAACAUUUGGCUACAAUGGCCUUGCGAUGGGGCUCACCAUGCCCCUCCCUCCACAAUUUUAUGGACCUGGUGGUUCCAACCCAUAUUUGGACUCGAGAGGAGCCACUGUCGUACCACAAGUAAUGGGCUCCACAGCUGCCUUUCCCCAGGACUUUUCCAGACCGCCUUUUCUUAUGAACCUAAUGAGUUCGCAAUCAGGUUUGAGUGGAAUCGGCAUCUCUAGGCCAGGAAUUGAUUUGAAUUCAGGCAUGACAUCGGUGGAUAGUGAGAGUAGGGGAGUGGGAAGCUUGAGGCAGCUACUCUUUCAAGGUCACAGUGGUCUGGAGGAGGAGCGGAUGAAGUCUUCCUGGCAGCCUGAUGCUGUUGUAAUGCCAGUGAAACAGAAAGAACCAGAAUGUGGGUGGGGACUGAACAUGAUUGGUUACAAAUGAGAGAUGUCAUGGAAUUAGUUUCUGGAUGGCUGGGUCAGAUUUUUUUUUCCCCAAUGAAUUUGGGGCUCGUGGGGCACCUUAUAGAUAAACAGGAUGGAUGUUUCACUUGGUUGGCCCAGAAGAUGAUGGAAGGGCCCAUAGGGGGCCGUUGGCAGGAAUUACACACACAAAUUGAAUAAGGCUGGAAAGGUAGACAUUAUAGUGUCCAAUAUAGAUUUUGCCAGAAAAAGAGGGGGGGGGGGGGGGGGGGUGUGGGGUUAGCUGUUUUUGCUGCAUUGUAGGGCCAUUUGUACCCAGUGAAAGAAGUAUUCAUGUACUUUGCCUCUCAUAAAUAAUUCUAACAGAAAAGAUGAGUGAAUUGGGUCUUCCAUGUGAAUGUUUGGAUCUAGUUGUAGCUAACAAGACUACUUACAGCUGUUGCAAUUUUUGCGAGAGGGCAAAAUGAUCAGCAUUGACUCUUAAGUGGAUUUAAGUUUGAUUUCUGCAGUUCAGGUGCAGAAUAAUCAGUGGCACUGGUGAAGAAUUCUCUUCUGAUUUUAUUUUUUCCAUUUCCUGUUACAAUAGAUAUUCUCAAUUUGCAAGUGGUAAUCUUUAAAGUGC